GGGGUUGCGGGGACCGCGCUCUCUUGUGCUAGGGCAGCGGCCACCGGCGGGGAAAGCGGCGCGAUGGGGGUUCAGUGCCAACAGAGCCCAGUGCUGGUAGGCAGCGCCACUUUGGCCGCCUUCGGGGCACUGACCUUGUACUUCGCGAAGCCCGCCAGCUACGGGAAGCACACGGAGAUCCUGACGCCCGCGGCUACCAGCCUGUCCGCCCGAGCCGCCUGGUUCCUGCAGGAGCUGCCCUCCUUCGUGGUGCCCGCGGGGAUCCUCGCCCGUCAGCCGCUCUCCCUUUUCGGGCCACCUGGGCCGGUGCUUCUGGGCUUCUUCUGCUUACACUACUUCUACAGGACAUUUGUCUACCCACUGCUCAGUCGAGGGAGGCCUUAUCCAGUUCUACUCAUUUUCCAAGGCAUUGCCUUCUGUGCUGGAAAUGGAUUCCUUCAAGGCUACUACCUGAUUUACUGUGCUGAAUACCCUGAUGAGUGGUACACAGACAUACGAUUUAGCUUGGGUGUCUUCUUAUUUCUUUUGGGAAUGGGAAUCAACAUUCAUAGUGACUACAUAUUGUGCCAGCUCAGGAAGCCUGGAGAAAUCAUCUAUAGGAUUCCACAAGGUGGCAUGUUUACGUAUGUUUCUGGAGCCAAUUUCUUCGGUGAGAUCAUUGAAUGGAUCGGCUUUGCCCUGGCCACUUGGUCCCUCCCAGCACUUGCAUUUGCAUUUUUCUCACUUUGUUUCCUUGGGCUGCGAGCUUUUCACCACCAUAGGUAA